GGACAGAAACAGGAGGAGAUAACCGAGAGAAGGAGCGACUCCGGCUACCGAGGUCUGCCGCUCCGGGAACCGCCGGUGGAGGAAAGCGCGGCGAGAUCCCGUCCGUGUUACCGGGGAGAGCGAAGAAGCAUCGCCGAGGAGACCGAUCAGAAGACGGCGGCGGCGGAGGGAAAAGCCAGCGGACCGACUGCCUUCUUGGUUUGGGAACAUAAAGGAAUCUGUGGCAGGGAGAUGUCUGCUCAGGUAAAGAAAAGCUCACAGAGGACCUCAUAACUGUUGCUUGAGAUAUCUGCCUCCAGAAGUUAACACGGGACAACCCCUGGCUUUUUCUUUUUGGGAGCACAGUUUCCAUUUUGCAGCGACACACUCCUGGAGCGUUUCAGGUGUGAAGUAGAGGGUUUCUCCGCCGACGAUGGCGGACAGGACUGCGUGCACCAUGGAGGACGGAUCUUGGGACAGUCUAGCGUCGUAGAGGAGGCUACAUGAGGUUGUCAGAGGGCCGCACGCUUGCCUUUUUGCCGACUCCACGUUCCCACCUCCUCCACCUCAAAUCUGUGAAGAAACGAAAUCUCCGCCAGGGGAGGGGGACUGAUAUCUGCAGAGAGGACUGAACCGAGAGGGAAGGAGUCCAGUCCCGCUGUCUUCUCCCCUACCGUCCCCCGAGCGGUGGGGGAACGAUCAGAAGAGCUUCUUUAAGGCACAAGGAGACUCAAAUUAGGGGAAAUACGUUUGCCCUCCGUGGACCUACUGCAUUUUUAAUUCGUCAAAAAUAUGGCCGAUAAUGUCCUGGAGUCCGGCCCGCCUUCAGCUAAGAGGCCCAAGCUGUCCUCUCCGGCUCUCUCCGUGUCUGCCAGUGAUGGAAAUGAUUUUGGUUCAUUCUUUGACCUGGAGCACGACCUCCCAGAUGAGCUGAUCAGCUCCUCGGACCUGGGUCUGACCAACGGAGGGGAUGCCAGCCAACUCCAUACCAGUCUCGGAGGUAUCGGAGGAGGGAUUGGUUUGGGAGGAGGCCAGGAUGCAGCUGCCAAACACAAACAGCUGUCUGAACUCUUGCGAGCUGGAGCCCCAUCACAGCAGGGUGGCCCCACUUCCAACAGCAAUGCACCUGGGGCUUCCAUGGGGAUGAUGGGGGUUUCCCCGGGUGGACCUCAAUCCAUGCCCCCCCAGGGCCAGCAGCAGCAACCUGGAUUAAUGCAGCAGGUUGGGAUGGUUGGAGGGAUGGCAGCUCACAAUCGAGCAGCUUCCAUGAUGGGUAACCAGAAGGGUAACACUGGACAGCAGGGGCUGAUGGGGGGGCAGGUGAUGAAUGGCUCGCCGAGAAUGGGUUACCCUGGCAAUGGAGGCAUGGGUAACAGUAGUAACCUGUUGGCAGAAACCCUGCAGCAGGGGCCAAUGGGACCAGGGGGUCAAGCAGGGAUGAGACCACAGCAACCUGGAGCACUGAACAAGAUGAGUAUGAUGGCCAAUGCGGGCCCCUAUGGUGGUCCGUACGGCCAAUCUGCUGGCCAGGGGCUGCCUGGAGCAGGGCUGGGCCCGCAGCUCCAGAAUAAGGCAGGCAUGCCCAACAAUAUGGCCAAUCAGUUCAACAUGGACAAGAAGGGGCCACCAGGUCAAGGCAUGUCUGGGAUGCCCUCUCAGCAGCAGCAACCUGGAGCGGUUGGCGGCGUGUCUGUUGGCGGAGCAGCAGCAGCAGUGGGGGGGCCGCAGGUUGGGCUCAAUGUUGUAGGGGCAGGUCCCGGCACAGCGCCUCCUACUGCAGACCCUGAGAAGCGGAAGCUAAUACAACAGCAGCUGGUGCUCUUGCUCCACGCGCACAAGUGCCAGCGGAGAGAGCAAGCCAACGGCGAAGUGCGACAGUGCAACCUGCCGCACUGCCGCACCAUGAAGAAUGUGCUGAACCACAUGACUCAUUGCCAGGCUGGCAAGUCCUGCCAGGUGGCACACUGUGCCUCAUCCAGACAGAUAAUCUCUCAUUGGAAGAAUUGCACACGACAUGACUGUCCUGUUUGCCUGCCAUUGAAAAACGCUGGAGACAAGAGAAACCAGCAGUCGCUCCUCAACAGUGCAGGGGUGGGUUUGGUGAACUCUUUAGGGUCGGGGGUGCCAGGUGGACAGUCCAACACGCCCAAUCUGAAUCCCCCAAACCAGAUUGAUCCGAGCUCUAUAGAGAGGGCCUACGCUGCGCUGGGUCUCACUUACCAGGGAAACCAGAUGCCGCAGCAACAAUCGACCAACAUGCCAAACCAAGGGCUGCAGGGGCAGCCCGGAAUGAGGACUCUAAAUACCAUGGGAGCAAACUCUAUGGGAGUGAAUGGUGGAGUGGGAGUGCAGUCCCCCAACCAGUCUACACUACUGCCAGAUGCCAUGUUGCACAACAACAUGAAUGUACAGAGUUUGAUGAAUGAUAGUUUGGGAAGCUUGGGAUCCAUGCCCACAGCAACUCCUCCUUCGGCUCCAGGCAUGAGGAAGUCCUGGCAUGAGGACAUUACACAGGACCUCCGUAACCACCUUGUCCACAAACUCAGUGUACAGGCCAUCUUCCCCACUCCCGACCCUGCUGCACUGAAGGAUCGGCGGAUGGAGAAUCUGGUGGCUUACGCUCGAAAGGUGGAGGGUGACAUGUACGAGUCAGCUAACAGUAGGGCGGAGUACUACCACCUGCUGGCAGAGAAGAUCUACAAGAUCCAAAAGGAGCUGGAGGAGAAGAGGAAAACGCGGCUCCAGAAGCAGGGCAUGAUGCCCGGUCAAGCUGGACUAGGCUCCCCAGGCCUCCCACAGGGGCCUCCAAGCAUGGGACAGCCGCCCAUGAUGCCAGGGCAAUCCCCAAAUGGUCCUCACAUCGAUCCGUCCAUGGUCCGACCAACCGGACCCAAUCAGAUGGUAAACAGGAUGCAGAACCCAGCAGGAAUGAACCAGUUUGGGCAGAUGGGGAUGCAGUCGAUGGGUCAGAGGUCGACCCCUCCUCUUGGUUCUCCAAUGAACCAGAUGGGUAUGGGUGCAGCAAGAAUGGGUCAGCCCAAUGCCACACAGUUACAGAACCAAUACCUCCCCCAAGGCCAGUUUCCCGGGUCCAGUCCUGGACAUGGUUCUGGUCCUAGUGGCAUGAACCAGCCCGGGCCACAGACUUCAGUGCCACAGCAGAACCAGAUGUCAACGCCGCCUUCCCUCCCAGUCAGUAGUCCUGCACCACAGUCUGCCUCUUCUGCUCCGGGCUCUGGGAACCCUGGAGGCUCCAUGGGGCCUGGUAGUGCCACCGGUGCUGGGUCUCUACCCAGUUUGCCUCAAUCCUCCAACCCCAGCCAGCCCAACUCCUACCCACACUGCCCGUCCAUCCGAACAAACUCACCAUCACCCGCUCGCAGCUUAACGCCUCAACCUCAUCAAACACCCCCCACGUUACCUGGUUCUCAAACCCCACAGCCACACACUCCGAGCACACCUCAGCAGCAGCAGCAGCAGCAACAACAACAACAAACUUUACAGCAGCAGCAGCAGCAGCCGCCAUCAGUACAGUCAGUGAAUUCUGAAAAGGCCGGUCAGCAUCCACAGAAGACGCUUGGGGGUCCGGCUUCCUGUGGCCCCCAAGCAAGUCAGACUUCUUCAGUGCCCAACCAGAACUCUCAUGUGCCACCACAGCUGCCCAGGACCCCACUAUCUGCAAAGCCUUCGCUUACAGGAGAUUGUCAGGUAUCGUCCCCAGCCUCUGUCAACAGCAGCACUGAUGCCAGCUCCCAACCAGCUCCGUCAGACGGCCCUGCUACCAGCCAGGAAGACGUUAAAAUGGAGGUGAAGAAGCAGGAGGACGAGGAAGAUGAAGGGACUGACUCGCAAGGAGAGGGCAAAGGGAAUAUGGGAAAGGGUCAGGGUGACGUGAAGAAAGAGGAGAAACCGGAAAUAAAGAAAGAGAAGCUCUCGUCGGAUGGGUGUAAAGGAGAGCCCAUGGAUACAUCUUCGUUCUCGACGUCGUCGUCUGUAACAACAGGUGAAGACAAGAAGCCGGAGGUGAAGAAGGAGCCCAAAGAGGAAGAUGAUGGGUCAGCAUCCGGUACCAGCUCCCCAGCCAGCUCCCAGUGCAAGAAGAAGAUCUUUAAGCCGGAAGAGCUGCGUCAGGCUCUGAUGCCCACGCUGGAAGCUUUGUACCGGCAGGACCCUGAGUCCUUGCCCUUCCGUCAGCCGGUGGACCCCCAGUUACUGGGAAUACCCGUACGUAUUCGAACUAGUAACAAAACUAACCUGGACUACUUUGAUAUUGUGAAGAACCCCAUGGACCUGUCGACCAUCAAGAGGAAGCUGGACACGGGGCAAUACCAGGAGCCGUGGCAGUAUGUCGAUGAUAUCUGGCUGAUGUUCAACAACGCCUGGCUCUACAACCGCAAGACGUCGCGCGUGUACAAGUACUGCUCCAAGCUGGCUGAGGUGUUUGAGUCGGAGAUCGACCCGGUCAUGCAGGGCCUGGGAUACUGUUGUGGGAGGAAGUUUGAGUUUUCCCCUCAAACUCUAUGCUGCUACGGAAAACAAUUAUGCACCAUCCAACGUGAUGCUGCGUACUUUAGCUACCAGAACAGUUCACCACAAUAUGGGCUUCUUGCUGACAGGUACCACUUCUGUGAGAAGUGUUUCAAUGAAAUCCAGGGUGAGACCGUUUCCCUUGGGGACGACCCCGCUCAGCCUCAGACGUUGAAUUUUAAGCCUUUAAAUACUGAAAACUUUUUUGGAGUCUUAAAAGACAGAAGAAACAUUAAAGCAGAGCGGCAGAUGUCUAUCAGCAAAGAGCAGUUCCAACGAAAGAAGAAUGACACACUUGAUCCAGAGUUGCUUGUGGAAUGUAUUGACUGCGGUCGUAAAAUGCACCAGAUCUGUGUCCUGCAUCAUGACACCAUAUGGCCUUCAGGCUUCACGUGUGACAGCUGCCUCAAAAAGGCGAACAAGACACGGAAAGAGAACAAAUACGCAGCUAGAAGACUUCCGCAGACCAAGCUGGGGGGUUAUCUGGAGUCGCG